AUGAACCAACGUCGCCAGAACGGAUGGGGCUACGUCGUGACCAUCGGCGGGGAGACCUUCUACGACUUCGGGGAGGCGCCGCCGUGGUUCCUCGACGUCUUCGCAGAGCGCAAGGCCUUCAUCUACGCACUCGAAAUCCUCGCGCAGGUGCUGGCUAUAGGCUACGGCAACAACGGUGCCGUCAACGGCAUGGUGGCCACAAUAUGGGGCUUGGCCGCAACCCAUGGAUGGGCACCACACUUCGAGAGGGUGCCGUCGGCCGACAACAUCUCCGACGCACUGUCUCGUGGCGACGAGUCUGAAGCCAAACGGCGAGGAUGGACUCGAGUGCACACACGGCAGGAGGAAAUCCUCCACAUCCUCUACCAGGCCGGCAGCUCGACGCAGUACGCGACUGCAUCGGCGCCUACUGAGUUGUUCAACAUCGCCUUCUGA